CCACUUACUUUCCAAAAGUUGAAGAGUUGAAUUCCAUUUCAAUCAGAAAGGAUGAAGUGCACCAUGCUGUUCCUUGUGCUGUCGAUGGUUGUCCUCAUGGCUGAACCUGGGGAGGCCUUUGUUCACCAUAUUAUCAAUGGACUUUUUAGCGUUGGCAGAAAUAUCCACAGACUCAUCCACGGAGGGCAUAACAAACAGCAACAACAGCAGCAAGAGCAGCUAAGCCAACGCUCUUUUAAACGAGAACAGUUCGAACGGGAAAGGGCUGCUUUUAACUAGACUUCACCCUGAAAGACCAAGUCUAAAAUGUUUAAUUUUUGUUAAAAAGAAAUGCUUUCUGUGCUGGUUUAGCUCAGUGGAAUGAGCAGGUGACCAUAUGCCGCAUAGCUGAGAGCGGCCGGCCAGGGUUCAAGUCCGACCCUUUGCUGCAUAUCUUCCCCUCUCUCCCCCAGCUUUCCUGUCAGCAUUCACUGUCUCUAUCUAAUA